UUUAGAUUUUCGUCUUAUUUUGACUUGCUUAAUCUGCUCCUAAAUUUAUUCCACUAAGUUUACGGACACCUUGUAUAGAGAAACAACAUAUUUAUCAAAUCCACAUUUUGUGGAUUGUGAUAUUUAUUAGGUUGUUAAAAACAGAUAUGGCAGCACUGGCUCUGAAAUUUUUAGGUUAAUUUUACAUCAAAUUGUUGUUUUUCUUGUGAAAGGACUAGUAAUCUAAGUAAUAUUAUUUUUAAUAACUGUAAUCAUUUGUAAAUUAUGAAGGAGGAAGUUUGUUUGCAAUGCAAAAUAGUGACGGAAACAGCCUCAAACAGAUUGGUUCAGGAUUCUUGUGGUCAUUUAAAAUGCAGAAUUUGUCUUUUAAAUGAUGAAAAAAGUUGUAAACAAUGCUUUGAUUUAAAUACAUAUAAAACAGAGAAAGGGAAUAUUAUCAAUAAUGAUAAUUUAAGUAUAAUUUCCAAUGGUUAUCAUAAAGAGCAAAAUAUAAACCAAAAACAAAACAUAAAGACUAAUUUACUACAAAAAGAAAGAAAAACAAAUAAAGUGGAUACAAAACUUAAGAAAGAUAAGAGAACAUAUAAUGAAAUUUUAAUACCCAAUCAUAUUACAGUUUCCGUUGAUGCUAAUUCUUAUUUGUGUACUAUUUGUAAUAAACAAUUUACAACCAAAGCACAUGUAAAAUAUCACUCUUAUUGUGCAGGAGCCCUUAAAUUAUUUAAAUGUGAUGUUUGUAACAAGGAUUUUAUAUUAAAAACUCAACUGGAUAUGCAUUUAUAUAAACACCAGCAACAGGCACAGUAUACAUGUAAUGUUUGUGGAAAAUCAUUUAUUGAGAAAAGCAAAAUGAAAAGGCAUUCUCUAGUGCAUAGUAAAUUUAAAUCACAUGUAUGUUCUAUGUGUGGUAAAAAAUUUAAAACUAUGCAGUCACUAAAAGUGCAUUAUAUUAUACACAAAGAAGACAAGCCCUUUAGCUGUUCGACAUGUAAGGCUAAGUUUAAUAAUUCCUCAAAUUUAAAGAAACAUUUAGCUUCUCAUUCAAGUGAGAAAGUUCAUAUGUGUGAUCAAUGUGGUAAAAGAUUUAAACUAAAAUGUGCACUAUCGGUUCAUCAAAAGUCACACCUUAAGAGUAAAGAGUUCCAAUGCUUAAUUUGUCAAAGGACAUUCGUAAUUAACAAAGAUUUACAAAGGCAUCAACUUAUUCAUCUAGAAAAUAAGGCUUUCACCUGUAGCAUUUGUAAAACAAGUUUUAGAAGAAAAGACAAUUUAAGCAGGCAUAUAAAAAAUAUCCACCCUGGAAAAAAAGCAAAAAUUAUAGAGAUAAAGACAUCAGUAAGUUCAGAAGAACCUAUGGAAAAUCCUAAUGCUAUUAAGGUUAUAACUGCUUCACCAGUGUUUACUAAACCAACUUAUGAAAUAUCAACCCAAAAGAUGGGCAUUAGAAACAGCAGUGUAAUAAAUGGUCCUCCAAAACUUGCUUUUAAAACUCCUGCAUUUAAAACUAAUUAUAAUAUAAAUAGGGAACUUCAAUCUCAGAAAACUUAUGAUAUAGCUGAAUCUGUAAAUAUCUGUCAGAAAAUCCUUUCCCCUCAUACUGCAACCAUUAAAACAAUUAAUGAACCAAGUUCUUCCCAAAUUUGUCAAACGACCUUAGAAUCACAUUCAACUCCUCUUCACUAUGAAACUUCUUUUCAAAACCAAAAACACGCACAGAUUAAAAAUAUUAAGUUUAAAGUCCCGAUUCAAUAUACAAAUAAUCAUAAAACGGAAGAAAGGUGCAGUAAUUUAAUUCAUGAUACAAUUUUAAAUAAAGGGAAUAAGCACCUGCAUACUACCAACGACAAUAAUUUUUGUAGUGAAAUAGAUAACAGACAACACGCAGCCACCAGCGUAAUAGUUAAUAACCAGCCAGGUAAUAUGCAUUGGAGACGACGCACAUCACAAACUUUAAUUGCAAAACAAUGAAGACUAUUUAUAAAUAAAUAUCAAUGUGUAAAUUAUAUUAUAACGAAAAAAAAUAAAUAGU